AUGACCGGCCCUCUUUUGAAGCCAGGAUGUAUGACCCAAAACAAGGGUUCCUCAUCAUUACAUUACCGCCAGCACCAGGAGCCAGACCUCGCUCGCCGCAGAAGUGAUGUUGUGACCCUCGCCGCCCGCUUCGAGGUCGAAACGGAGCGGCGUGUCAUAACCGUGACCGUGGUUCAAGGCAGCGAUGCCAGCGAAGACGAUCAGCCAGUGCCGACACAGAACGGCGACAGCGACGAUGAGCAAGACGGUAAAGAGGAUGGUGCGCAGCCCACCGAGGUCCCGAGCUCUACCGUGAACGCUCCCACCAGCACAGACCGUUUCUUCCCCAGCGAUAUCGACACUCCCAGCACCACUACCACUAAGCCCCCUAUCAACAACAGCCAAGAUGAGCAGGGAAACCACAGGACGGGCCUCUCCGCCGGCGCGGCAGCAGGCAUCGCAGCCGCGGCAGUUGCGUCCGCCGCUCUGAUCACCGCUGCUACUUUUUUCCUAUGGAGGCGGCGCCAAGGCGGAAUCCGCGGUGCCGUCAUCACGGCUGACUAUCCGCGCGGUCUGGAGGAUGUGCAGGGCCAAGGACCGAACCUGCCGGUCGUUCCUCCACCGGCAGAGAGCGGCGGUGGUAUUGGCGGGCAAAUAGGAUAUGACGCAGCCGAGGGACGUUACUAUCCGCCCCCCUGGCUGGAGGAGCACGAUCUCGGGAACGGACGGGAAAGUAGCGCGGUCACCGGUUCAGGUGGCAGCAGAAGAGAGGUUGGGCAAUCCGGAUUUAGGAUACCACCGGCAGGGACGAUGCCCGGCGACCCGGGGUUUGACAUACCAGGGGAGUAUCCGCCGCAGCAGUCCCAGCAAUACCAGGGGCACCAGCAGUCUCGGUCAGGGGGAGAUCUGGGAGAGGCACGACCCUCCUGCCCGUAUCUCCAAUGACGCCCUAUCGGCCAGAGAGUAGUGUCUUCCUGACGCCGGGACAGUACCCGCAAUCGCGAUCGCAAGUCUCGUCGUAUUACCCCGACCAGAGCAGCCCUGAUCUUCCAACAUUCUUGAUCCCCGGGGGAAAUAAAGCGCGCGCCGUGAGCUUCUCCAGCGUUGCGCAUGUGGGAGGAGGGCCGCGCGUGCCCGAGUUGGUUGGUUCGCCGCCGCCGCCGCCUCAGGCGACCUCG